AUGGCCGCGAGAGUGCAGAGGCAGAGCAAUGUGCCGGACUACCGCGUGUACCAGGUCGCACCACCGCGGAAGCCCGUGGCUAGUCACCACGCCGGACUACAGUUUCAGCCGACCCAGCAACAGCAGCAGGCCGCCCCUAGUAAUAAUAACCACCACCACCUCGACCACGCUCAGCAACGGAACCACACCACGUCCUCCUACGCCACUGCUCCAAAGCACAACAAUUCCAGCGCCAGCCAUAAUAAUUACCACUCGAACAACCACCACCACCACAAUCACCACCUCGCUCACCGCCCGGCUCCGCAUACGCAAGCGCUGCCACCUCCCUCGUCCGCGGGGCCGUCAGUCCCCACGCGCACUCUCUCCAAUGCUACAUCCUCGUCCAAUUCCACCGGCAAUAAUCAUUUGACCCAAACAAUGUCGAGCGCUUCGUCCGACAUCCACCGGAGCUCGUCGGGGCGCUCCGCCCCCGUCCAGCUCAGCUAUGUCGCUCUCAUGAGACGCCAGAAGGGCACCGUCUGGUGCGACCGGGCACAACCAGAAGAUCCUCGUCUGCAGGCCCAGAAGCGAGCCGCCAGACAGCGAGCUCACAUGGAGCUUCACGGCGGUGCACGCUCUGGAGCCCUUGCCAGUGGCAAAAUUCGACACCACAGCGGCAAGGCCGGUCCUACUUCUUUCUCCCCGUCGACCUUGGUCGGUGCCACCGUUCCUGUGCGGUUGAGCGCGAACGAGGUCGGCGACGACUAUGCCGAUGACCAUUCCAGCGAAGGCUUCCAUCGCCGAGCGUCAGGAAGCGCACGGAGCUCGCUGGGAAGCAUGCAGCGCUACCCCAGUGGCUAUCAGCGACAGCCAGGCAAAACGCCACCGAAUGAGCAGGCCGACAUUCCAGAAGUCGUCGAAACUGCCCCGGUCGAGGGCGCCCACAGCUACAAUAGCAGCCGGAACUCAUCGUUGCAAAAGGACACGGAACUAGAGGGUCACGACGAGCACCACGAAAACGACUUUGGCGAUAUCGGCGAAAUGGCCGCCCCCGCCGCGGCCAAAACGGCGAUGCAAAAGGCGAAGAAGGCCGACGAUUUACGACGUCGAGGCAGUGUUGACGAGCGAACGACGAGUUUGACUGGUGGGAGAUUAUUUGUCGCCAAUCCCGACCAAGACGAUUAG